AAUCUGAGUGAUGUUGACAGAAAAUAUAUAAAUAAAUUCAGGACAUUCAAGUAUGAUCCAUGAUAUUAAAUACGAUUAUUAUGGUGAUAAAUUAGCUAGUUGUGGAAGUGAUGGAUUUAUGAAUGUUUAUGACGUGUCAAAAAAAUAAUAAGUUGCUCAAAUUAAGAUGUACAUAAAUUAAUAUUAUAUUAUAGUCGUGAUUCUCCUUUAUUUUCAUUAUCUUGGUCACAUCCUAGAUUUGGUAAUGUUAUUGCAACCUCAUCAUAUGAUGGAGAAAUUUCAAUUUUUAAAGAAUAAAAAGAUUGGAUAAAAAUAGCUUGUUUUUAGAAUGAAGGCAGUGUUAAUUGUGUAUAAUUUAUGCCUAGAGAAUUAUUUUUGGCUUGUGGCACAUCAGAUGGAUUUGUAAUUUUAUUAGAUAAUAAUAAAAAUUGGGAUUUAGAUAAUAAAUGGCAAGCACAUGAAUCAACAAUACAUGGAUUAUGCUGGAAUUAAGAUGGUUCAUUAUUAGCCACUUGCAGUGCUGAUAAAUAAAUUAAAAUCUGGGAAUUUACAAAAAAUAAUAAACCAUAAUUGAAAUAUACAAUUAAAUCUCAUUUAGAUGUAGUAAAGGACGUUCAAUUUCAUCCUUUAGAAAAUAAUAUUCUUGUUUCAGGAGGAGAUGUAAUUAUAAAUUUAUAUUUAUAGGAUGGAAAACUUAGAAUUCAUAAAUUAGAGGAUGAUGCAGUUGAGAUAUAAGUGAUAGAUUAUCAUAUUACCAUAUGGAGAAUUACAUUUAAUAUAUUGGGAAAUUUAUUAACAAUAAAUGGAGAAAGUAAUGGUUAAAGUAAAGUUUAAACACUAAAAUAAGAGAAUAAUUUUUAAUAUAGUACCAUUGAUUGCUAUUGA